UCUCUCUAUCUCUGUCUAGGGUUUUAUUCCUUCAGCUGCCGAAAGAAAUGAGCUUGUUCUUAAGAUUAAGGCAUCGUUUGCCUAAUGGGUUUCAAUGUAGGCCUCGGAUUGUCACUCUCGAUACCUCCGGUUCAAUCAGAUUAUCCCGAAAAUUUAGCCAGCCUGCAAAGCUAGAACAAGAUGACGAGGAAGAAGAGGUUGAGAUUGAUCAAAGAAGACUUCCGGCUGACUAUGAUCCUUCUAAUUUCGAUCCUACCGAGCAUCGUAGUCCUCCAACUGAGCGUGUUUGGAGACUCGUUGAUGAAAUCUCCGCCCUCACUCUGUCUGAAAUCGCCGAGUUAGGCUCUAUUAUAAUGAAGAAACGCGGAAUAACUGAGCCGCCCACUGUGGGGGUCAUGAAGGCUGCUGCCGCUGCUGGGUUGACAAUGAAGGCGGCUGGUGGUGGCGGCGCGGCGGCUUCUAAGGAGGAGAAAAAGCCAGAUAAGACUGUUUUUGAAUUGAAAUUGGAGUCGUAUGAUGCUGCUUCAAAGAUUAAAGUAAUAAAGGAGGUUAGGAGUUUUACUGAUUUGGGUCUCAAGGAAGCUAAAGACUUGAUUGAGAAGACUCCCUCCGUCUUGAAGAAGGGUGUCUCCAAGGAAGAAGGUGAACAGAUAAUUGAGAAGAUGAAGGCUCUUGGUGCCAAAGUUGUAAUGGAAUGAGCAGUAGAGGUACUUUUGGUUUUCAUGGAUAUCUACUUGUUGAUUCGAAAUGGAGACUACUACUACUUUGCAUGCUUGCAGAUUCUUACCGGCUUAAGUUUGAACUUGGGAUUGCUUGAAUCUUAACUCUGUUGAUGUUUUGAUCAUAUCAAGUGGGAAUCGGAAUUCACUUCA